UGGGUGCAGGGGAGCGUGGGCAGGGCCUGCUGACCGACCGCUCUGUCCCUGCAGCGGCUGUGGAGGCCUGCGUCCUGCAUGGGCUGCGGCGGCGGGCGGCUGGCUUUCUGCGCAGCAACAAGAUUGCAGCUCUCUUCAUGAAAGUGGGCAAGAACUUCCCGCCAGCCGAGGAGCUGAGCCGCAAGGUGCAGGACCUGGAGCAGCUGAUCGAGAGCACGCGAAACCAGAUCCAGGGCCUCCAGGAGAAUGUGCGGAAGCUGCCAAAGCUGCCCAACCUGUCCCCACUCGCCAUCAAGCACCUGUGGAUUCGCACUGCCUUGUUUGAGAAGGUGCUGGACAAAAUUGUGCAUUACCUGGUGGAAAACAGCAGGUGAGCCAAAAAGACUAGACGCCUGGGUGUGCUCUGCCGCCACCUGCUGGCCCUCAUGGGAAUUGCAAUCUAUUGUGCAAAGCAGCUUUCUUUUCUCCCCCUUGAUAUGCACUUGAGUUGAAAGAGAUUAAAUAAAGGCCUUCUGGAUGUUUCCUCCGAAUUAGCCUAGUUUAGA